ACAUGGCUGCCUUCGGCAUGUUGUUGGGACGAUCGAUCGCAAGAUCGUCUAGUGUACUCGGAAAAUCAACUGAGUUGAACACCUUGCUGAUGGGGGUUGUGAGUAGACCAUCACUAUUGCAGCAAUGUUGUGCUCCAAGUGCAAUCGUCAUUACCAGAGAUGCCAGUAUCUUUAACAGAGUGUCUGAUGCACAGAUCUGGGAAAGUGUCACUGGUGUCAGUAAUCAAGGAAAAAUGAAAGGACGUGCCAAAGGCAAACGCAGAAAGUUCCGUGUCGUUGUGAAAUUUGGAGAAGGAGGUAAGUAUAAAAUGAAUUACCCAACAAUGAGUGAAGAAAAAAGCACAAGAAUCACUUCUGAGAAAGCAACAGGCUCCUAUGUUCAAGAGGAGAAAAACAAAGUUGCAAAGAGAGAAAAAAUAUACCCAUUGCAGCGAGGCUACGUUGGGAGACGAAUAGUUGGAGCAAAACUGGACCCUCCAAAACCUAAAGGAGAAUUCACCUUUGAGGGUUUUCAGUCCGUGUGUGUUCAUCAAUCGGUUGUUGCCAAUAUGACAGGAACCUUAGGACGAAAGCGUUCCUUUAAAGCUGUUGUCGUGGUAGGAAACGGCAAAGGUCUGGCAGGGUAUGGCACUUCCUCUUCUACAACUGGAAUGCGUUGUAUUGAAAAGGCAAGAGACAAAGCAGCACAACAACUUCUACAUGUUGACCUGUAUGAUGGUCAUACAGUAUUCCACAACAUGCGGGCUACAGUAGGACAUACCACGGUGAUGGUGAAUAAACAAGAUAGAGGUUAUGGACUAAAAUGUCAUAGGAUAAUUAAGUCCAUCUGUGAGCUGUAUGGAAUUGAGAAUCUCCACGUGAAGAUUGAGGGAAGAAUUAAUGAUACUAACAUUGCAAAAGCCUUCUUCAAGGCCCUUCUACAUCAGGAAACGCACCAGGAACUGGCUGACCGUAUGAAGAUGCACGUUGUAGAGUUCCGCAGGGAGAAACACUAUUUUCCACUAGUAGUUGCUUCACCACAAGAUGGCGCCAUCAUAAAGCCACCAAAGGAUAAGGAAAACUAUGACUUUGAAAACUUUUAUUUUAAAGGAAAAACUCAAUUUUUCCUGAAAAGACCACCAAUUUUCUACAAAGGCUCUCCAUCAUGGUACAAAAAGGCACAUCAAUUAUAUAAAAUUAGAAAUCAGAAAAAGGCUCAGAUGGAACGACGCAUUCAGGGAUUUGAAGAUUAUGUCAACAGAGCUUCGUAAUUCAUGAGAAAUAACAACUUGUUAUAACUUUUAUAUACCAGUGCGAGUGUUGAAGAGUAUAUCUAAGACAUUUUGUAGUGAGUGUUGGAGAGAAUAUAGGUUUGAGACAAUA